GCUGGCUGUCCUUUUACGCGGAGAGCAUUACGCAUCAGUGGACUAUAGCGAGAGGACCUUUGCAGACCGCCUGUUUUCACCCCAAAGUCUUUAAGGAAGCCCCUAUUACCCCUCAUUCUGGACUGCUUUGGACCUAAAGGCAUCCCGCGUUUUCUUUUUUUUCAAGAAGUCCGGACAACUACUUUUCUCUUCCCCCUCCCCUACCCUUGGAUCUAUAGCUCCAGAGAGACGCACUCCUGUGCUUUAAAAUGCAGGUCGGACGCAAAUCGUGCUGGAGGCAAUUGCAGGCUUCUUUUUUCAGACUCCUGUGUCUUAUCCCCACAGGAUUCCCCGUCCGGAGUGUGGAUAUGCAGCGGGCCACGGACAACAUCACCAUCCGCCAGGGCGAUACAGCGGUUAUAAGGUGUUAUGUGGAUGACAAAGUGUCCAAGGUGGCCUGGCUCAAUCGAUCCAACAUCAUCUUUGCUGGCCAGGACAAGUGGUCCCUGGACCCCAGAGUAGACUUGGUCACUAAAGGACAGCUGGAGUACAGCCUGCGCAUACAGAAGGUGGACGUUUAUGACGAGGGGUCCUACACCUGCUCCAUACAAACCAAGCAGCAGCCCAAGACCUCGCAGGUCUACCUCAUUGUACAAGUUCCAGCCAACAUCUACAAAGUGUCAGAAGACAUCACAGUGAACGAGGGCAGCAACGUGACACUCAGCUGCUUGGCCAGUGGCAGGCCAGAUCCCGCCAUCACCUGGCGGCUGCUCAACCCCUCAGCGGAGCCAUUGGAUGGAGAGGAGUACCUGGACAUAUCAGGUAUCAUGCGAAACCAAGCAGGACGCUACGAAUGCAAAGCCAGCAACGACGUCGCCACGCCUGAUGUCAAAUAUGUCAACGUGGUCGUCAACUACCCGCCGACCAUAAAGAAAACCCAGAGCUCAGAGACUCAGGUGGGCCGCAUGGGGAUGCUGCAGUGUGAUGCCACCGCCGUGCCCACACCAGAGUUUGAAUGGUACAGAGAUGACAAGAGGCUGUCCAACGCCCAGGGCAUCAAUAUCCAAAUCCUUGGCACCACCACUAUCCUUAUGAUUGCCAAUGUCACCGAGGAGGAUUAUGGGAACUAUACCUGUGUGGCCUCGAACAGACUGGGCAUCCAGAACGCCAGCCUCUUCCUGUAUAGACCUGGCACAGGUCGAGAUAUCAAUGGCUCUGCCUGUGUAUCUCAAUCACUGUGGCUCCUGCUGGUCUGCUUCGCCUGCCUUUUCUUCAAGUGUUAAUACUGCCCUCCUCCUCCUCCUCCUCCUCCUCCUCGUCCUCCUCCUUCUCCACCUCCUGUGGCACCUGGCCUCCUUCCCUCCUUCCUUCCUCCUCCUCCUCUCCAACCAACCGACAUCCUUACUGCUACCUUAAUACCAACCGUCCCGCCCCCAGACUGUUUGCAUUAUGUUACAACAAAACCUAAUGUGCUCCAAGGCACUGCUUAGAGAUAUUAAGAAAAGUGAUGGGCUAUGAAUAAAAUGCUAAGUUUUAAGAACAACAACAAAAAAAAAAAUCAUAAUAAUAACAAAGAAAUGAAGGACAGAACAAGCAAACAGUGCUCUUUUUAAAGAAUUGCAUUGUUAUUUUUAAUUUGUAUGUAUUUCUUUUUUUCUGCUAAAUCCUGUCUUUGGGGUCUGGAUUGAGUUCGGGAUUUGUUGUUAUCUCGUCUUCAUGGGGUAUUGAAACAGAGACGCCCCGCUCAAAGGGAUGUCAGCAAUCCAACAAUCAUGUGUCUCGAGAAGUACUGAAGACAUGAGGUAUAUUUCCUCUUGCUCCCAUAGUUGCAUUACUAUAACUUAAAUUGUAUUGUUAGAUUUAACCAACCAUUUAACCAGUGCAUUAAUGAUCAACGAGCAAAGUAUCUGCCAAAUAUCAAUAAAAUAUAGAGAUUUGAAACUAACAUACAGGGGUCAAAGGGAACAUAUUGCAGCCGGCAAAGCCGGUAACUUUACUGAGAGAGAUUAGUGCUUGGUAUGCUUGUUAAUGUCUUUACUACCAUAACCUGAUGCUACUACAUGGAAACACAGACACUCAGCAUUAGCUACACUGUCAGAUAUCUCCUGAACCAAUGGCCUUGCUUUCUGGAUGCAGCAGAUUGCUGAUUGUUUGCUGUUGAGCCCAGAAAUCGAGGACGGCGGUGACUAGAAUAGAGCUGGUCCUAUCAAGUUAAACCAUUCAGACCCUAGGAAAUGAAUUCAUCUGCAGUUGGAUAUCUACAUCCUCAUUCAGUGGCUUGGCAACCACUCGCCUUUAUUCCAAAAGAAAUCCUCUUUCCUUUGCAGCAGGACUCUCUCACUUAGGAAUCCACAGUAGGUGAUAAUGAUAUGUACUGUACAUAGUCAAAAUUUUGUAUUUCCUUAUGAUAAGAUAACUUGUUCCGCCACUGUAACAAGCGGAAAUAGCGAAAUUUGUUGCAGUGUAAUGUUGCUUGUUUGAUAAACCAACCAACCAUACGGUGCAGUGGACUCUGCGCUAAAGCAGCCUGCACCGCGUUUAGCUACAUAUAUGUAAAACCACAUGAAGUGUUUGCUUUUUAGUUGAAGAGUUUUAGGCAUCAAAGAAAUACCACGAUGCUCCUAUACUGCUGGAAUUUGGAUAGAAAUGUAUGACACCAAUGAAUGACUUGCUUUUUAGUUUGUUUUUUUUCUCUUUCAAAAAGGUACGUGUGUUUUCAUAUGAGAUGAUACAGCAAAUUCAGAAUAUAUUGAGAGUGAUUUUAUUUCUGUUCCUUUUUUCUCUAUGUCUUUAUUUCAUUCAGUUUAAUUGUGUAUAUAUACUUGAAUCCAAUGUCCUUAUAUAUGAAAAGACAAAAUUAAUGUGUCCAUGUCUCUGAAUAGGUUAGUAAUUCGUUGGGGAUGAUUAACUUGUAGUAAAUUGGCAACCCUGCUCUAUCCUGUGAACGGAAGACCAUUAGAGAAUGUUUUUAAAAAAUGAUUUAGCGUAAAAAAAGAUUGUUUUUGUGAAGUUAUUGUACUUAACUUUGAAAUGACUGGCUUAUGUAACUUAUUAGGGAAUGGAACGUAACAUUCAGCUUGUCAUGAAAUGAAAGCUCUUCAGGACCUGGAAUGCAGUAUGAGAGCAAAAAAACGAACGCUGACAGCCCUCAAUUGUUCCAUCACAGCCAUUGAGCUGAUUGGCUCCUUUCAAUGUAAUACCAUUUUAUAUGACUACCCUAAGAGUCCUGGCAAAUCCUGUUUUUUCUUUUUUUUUUAACAAUCCUUCUCCAGUAGUUAGGCUGAUCAAUGACCUUGUCAAUUCUUUCAGCAUACAGCUCUGCGGUUAUUGCUUUUGUGAUGACCAAGCUGAAGAGAAUUGCUUAAACCAGUGAACUAUUGCUGCCUUUUUACCAUUUAUUCUGACCUAAGGUGACUAAUUCUGUGCGGAUUUCACCACCCAACCCAGUGCGUACAUGUCUCUGCUCUUCUAAUGACUAAGCUGAGACGAUGCAUUGCUGUACAUGUGUAAUUACUGUCAUCCUUGUCAUACAUUAAAGAUUUAUUCCCAGUGUUUUCAUUGUAACUGCUUCUGAGGCCAUGGCUGUGUGACAUUGUAGUGUUGAUGAUGCCACCUGAUCCAGUCUAAUUUCCAUGCGGGUGAAACACCGUUUGUAGUGCUGCACAGAGACUGAGCUAGGCCACGAUUCAAUCUGUAUUGAGGCAUAAACAAUCAUCAUAGUCUCUAUCAAUCACAACGCGCACUACAACGUCUAACAAUCACAGAUUUUUUUCACUCUAACAGCUGGAAGCAUCUCUGGAGAAAAUCAGAAGGCUGCUUCGUUUCACGCUUCUGCAAGCUUAAGUGUACUCUUGUUUUUGCUUUAAUUUUAGACAAUUGAACAGAAUCAACUCUAAUGUUGCCACGCCGAUGUGGGUUGCAGUGGUUGACACUUUUUUUGUACUACAUAAGCUUCUCUCCAGGCUAUUCCACCACUUAUAGCCACUGGCUAGUCCAUCCUUGACGAUGCUAGUUUAUCAGCAACAGUUAUCUUCUUACUGUAAUACGAAUUGAAUGGUAUGGAAGCUCUGGUGAUGGAGCUGUUCAUGAACAAUUUGCAUGAGAAUGGCCUGUGCUACAGUAUAAUGUCUAUUCCAGUUAGUCUACCUGUAUCACUGUGUGUCACAUUAAAACCUCAGGGCAGAGUGAGGCUGGCCUUGGGCAGUAAUUGACAGACUCUCAGUCAAACCAAAUGUGUUUACAGUGGAGUAAUAUCUACCAGACUACCAGAGCAAGGUCAGAUAGUAUUCACAAUUAUUUUAACCUGCUUGGAAUCGCUAAUGGGUGGAGUUUAUCGCAUCACCACCAUAGUCCAAGGUAAGUUUACAGCAGCUAAACUGACUUUGGAAUGCCUUCCUGUCAUUAUCUAAACUUCAUAGCAUUUAUUGCAUUGUGAUAAUGUGAGGCAAACCUCACCCAUAUGGGUGUCCAAGCAUGUCUGAGCAAAUUAAAAACAGCUGCUAUGGCAUGAGGUCUGCAGACCACCAAAAUAAAAGCUAUGGAGCUCUGUCCUAUAUCUAAAGCAGAGAGAAUCAAGGAGAACUGUCCAUCCUGUGCUUGUAGAAAGACCAACAGCCAGCCUAUGCACACAGCACCAAACCCCCGGUAGACAGAGCUGGACAUCUACUGCAGACUGUAGACACAGUUUCGUAGUUUACUAUUGAGCAUUGCCUCAAAAUAUUACCACUGCUUCAUCAUAAAAAAAA